ACUAAUAAGUACAAUUAUUUGUAACUAUUUUUUUUUUUAAAUUUAAAAUUAUUGAUUUAUAAAUAUUAACAAUUUAUUUAUCUUAAUAUAUAAAUAUAAAUAAAUUCAUUUAACUUAAAUACCAGUUCUAACUACUUAGAUCAUAAGAUACAUGCAUACAUGUAUGUAAGGAAAACAUACUAUAUAGCUCACCAACUAACCACCACAAAAUGUUAGUAAAAAUUGGUUGAACAACCACACAAAAACAUGCCAAUUCAGCUCAACUUCCAUUUAACCAGCAACAAUUUUCCUUCCUAUUCAAAACCAUCCUUCAUUUCUAAAACCUAUAUUUAAACAUAUUAUAUCAUACUUUACAUAUAUCCCUAUAGUUAACAAUAACAUAUUUCUCUUGAUACUUUUUUUUUCUUUGCAAUGGCUAGCAACAGCAAAAUGGUGGUAAACGAGCGUUUCGGGGCCGAGAUAGUACACGGCUCCGAAAACUGCUUCAACCACUCCAUCCAACUCUUGGAAGAGCUUGGAUUUCCAAAGGGUGUUCUUCCCUUAAAGGAUCUUAUUGAAUGUGGAAGAGUUAGAGAAACUGGCUUUGUUUGGAUGAAACAAAAAGCACCAAGUGAGCAUUACUUUGAAGGGACAAAGACUCUUGUGAGCUAUGGAAUUGAAGUAACUGCCUAUGUGGAGAAAUUCAAGAUGAAGAAAAUGAGUGGAAUCAAGAGUAAGCAAAUGUUUGUUUGGGUGCCUAUAAGUGAAAUGAGUGUUGAUGGUUUUGAUGGGAAGAAGAUGUAUUUCAAGACUCCUUUGGGGAUUGGAAAGUCUUUUCAUGUUACUUCUUUUAUGAGUGUUGAGGAAAAGGAAAAGUAUAUGAAGUUGCAAUUGAAGGAUAAGGAGGGGGAGAUUAUAGAAAGUUAAUUUCAUUACAUUUUGUGUUUGUUUUUGGAUUUAUGUAUGUUAUUUGACUAUUUGGUUAUUAUGAAACUAUAGAUGAGCAUAGUGAAAUCUUUUGAUAGUUGAAAUUUAUCAACUAUAAAUUAUGAUGUAUUACUAUAUUUAUGUUUUUUUUACACAAUAU